GUCGUUCAUCCAGGGGCCCAGAUCAGGGGGUCCUCCAUCCCCUGGCUACCUCUUUUCUCACCCCGCCCUCCCUCCCAGCUCCACCAUGGUCCCGUGCGCCCCCGCGUCCCCCUGGGUAGCAGCUUUGAUGGUGUUGCUGAGCAGAGGGAUCCAGGGUGGGGCCCCUCCAGAGAACCACCUGCUGCGCGCGCUGCACGAGUGCUACGCGGAGAACAACGGGACUCAGCGCUACAUCAUGAGGUGCAUCUUGGACCGCGAGGAGUUCAUGCGCUUCGACAGCACCGUGGGCGAGUUCCGGGCGCUCACCGCUAUGGGGCGGCCGUGGGCCGAAUCCUGGAACAGCCAGAAGGAAUACAUGGAGCGACGGAGGGCCGAGGUGGACACGGUGUGCAGACACAACUACGAGCUGAACCAGGGCUUCACCGUGAAGCGCCGAGUCCAGCCUAAGGUACAUGUGUCACCCUCCAAGAAGGUGACCCUGCAGCACCAUGGCCUGCUGGUCUGCCACGUGACAGAUUUCUACCCGGGCAGCAUUCAAGUCCGCUGGUUCCGGAACGGCCAGGAGGAAACUGCCGGGGUGGUGUCCACCAACCUGAUCCGAAACGGGGACUGGACCUUCCAGAUCCUGGUCAUGCUGGAGAUGACCCCACAGAGGGGAGACAUCUACACCUGCCACGUGGAGCACCCCAGCCUGCAGAGCCCCGUCACCGUGGAGUGGAAGGUCGGGUCUGACUCUGCCAGAAACAAGAUGCUGACGGGAGUGUGUGGCCUGGUACUCGGACUCAUCUUCCUGGCGGUGGGCGUCGCCAUGCACCUGAGGUGUAAGAAGGGUUCCACCUGCCGUGGUGUCCACCAGCUCCCAGCAUUCCAUGAACUAUGAAUCAUCAGCAGAGGCUGGAGAGACGGCGCAGCAGUUAUGCACUUGCUAAAAUUCCAGAGGACAUUGGUUCAGCUCCCAGCAUCCACGUCUGACAGCUUCCAGCUGCCUGGAAGUCCAGCUGCAAGGCAUUGUAAACGCUCUUCUGUCCUCCAUAAAUGCACACAUGCACACGUAAAUACAAUUAGGAAUAAAUCCAUCAAAGGAUAAACCCA